CUUUCACACACGCACACACACAGAGCUAGAGCUGAAGUGAAUGCGGAGAGAGGAGGGGAAAGCAGAGCUCAAGCGAAAGAAGUCAGCAGCGAAUGAAGAAAAUGGCGAUCAUGCAGGACGAAUUCCUCCCCUCGUAGAUGCUGCAAACGCAGAAUUUCUUUUAGCCUUACAAUCGGCUUUCCUUUCCACUCUGUUGCACUUUAUACUUCAAUGAGAUUUGGAAUUGGAAGCUGUUGCCACCAAAGAAACUGAAGCAUCUUAACUGGGAUCAAACCCAUAGAGGGAAGAACAGUGGAUGGAAGAGAGAGAGAGACGGAGAGUGUGAAGAGGAAGGUGGAUAAGAAAAUACAGGACUGGACAAAAGUGCCAGAGUGUACCAAGUGAAGGCAGAGUCCUAAAUCUAAACCAUACCCCCCUUCCCCCUCCCUAAACAUAUACCCACCUACUUGCACAGAAACUUUAUUACAUAAACACACAUACUAUCUUCAGCAAUGCCAAGGGGGCCUAAUCAGCCUGCUGCCUGCUCUGACAAGCCCCGCCUCUUCACCUCAGAUCCUUGAGGCAGUGUCCUGUAAACUUUUACCUUUGACCUCCUUCGUCACCCUGGGAUCCAGAGGUCACCUGUUCUCCACUCAACCCCAGGACGCUCUCCUGCCCAACCAGGAGCAACAGCCACAAGCCACACUCGCAGGCAUGGCUCCCAUUCGGGAUUCCGUCAGCCACUCCCCUAAUCAAACAGGUUUGGAGCAUCCUGGCUUGGACUCACAGUAUGAGCCUUCCCCUUGGUCCUCUGGCUCUCCCUGCAGCAGUGACGGCAACAGCAACUGGGGCAAAGUCCUAGUGGACGAAAGUACCGGCAAACCCAACAAUUCUUCUUCAACCAACUCUUCUGUCUGGCCUCCUUCAACCUUCUCUUGCUCCUCCUCUUCCUCUUCCUCUGGCUGUGGAUCAGGAUCAGACCCUGAGCUGGCAUCAGAAUGCAUGGAUGCCGACUCUAGCUCCUCACUCGGCUCAGAGAAAAACCUCUCUGCUGUUGCAGUUACAGCAGUGAUGAUGAUGUCAGCAAAUGCUUCUUCCUCUGUGUCCUCUACGGCCUCUUCCCCCUCUUCUGCCAUGAUGGUCAGUGUUUCUGUGAAUGGAGAAAGCAAUGGCAACAAUCGUCAUGUUGUUAUCGGCGGAGGAAUGGGAACCAUCAGCGAUGCAAAUAAUGGAAAUAACAUCGCCGGGUCCUCCCACUACUCCAUGGCUGGGUCCAGCAGUAUUGGCAGCAAUAACAUGGGUAACCACAACAUCAAGCUUGUCAGUAACAGUGGUGUAUGGGGCACCCAGUCCGGCAGCAGCAUCAAAGCCCCGGGUGGAAGCACCCCCUGCAUCAAUGGUGGGUUAAACCCUAACUCUUUCAACCCAAAUGCCAACCACGGUGCCUGGCCCCAGAAUCCAACCCCAAGUCCAGUGUCCCAGGGUCAACGGCCUCCACAGGCUCAGGGGAUGAAUUCCAAACUGGGUAUAGCCCCCCCACAGGGCCCCUUGCUGGGCUGGGGUGGCAUGGCAGCUCCAGACAACAGCAUUAUGAUGGAUGACACAGAUGUGAAUAAUGGUACAGCAAGCAGCAAAGGGUUAGGAAGCAGCAUCAGAGGAAAUGGUGGCCUGCAGCCUACCAACCUUAACACUGAAUCCAAUGGACCAAAUAACACUAUUAUGAUGAAUACUACUACUACUACUACUAAUGCCACAAUGACCUCUAGUCCACCAAACUCUACCGCCUCACCCCAACUCAGCGGGGAUUGUUCCUGGGGUUCCGUUGGAGGAGGGAAUGGGGGUCCACCGGCCAAUGGAAACACCUCAUCAGCCCCCCAGACCUCCCAAGGAGAGCUGGGGAGUGCUGGGGCCUUCGGUACGCCUUGGGGCGCAACUACCUACCCUGGAGACAAGGGCCCCCCAAUUGCAGACACUGUGAACCCCCAAAACCCUGCCUUAAUGCAGGUUGGAAACCCCCAAAUGUCCUCUACUGCUGCUUACAAGAGUAAUAAUAACCACAACACUGGGGCCCCACACUGGGACCAGGGACCUGCCAAUAACCCAAACCAGCCUCAGAGCAACUCGCCCUGGGGUGUUGGCUCCAAUCAAAUCCCAGGCCCUGCAGGAACAGGGAAUGGGAACCAAUCUAUGGCGGGCCCUCCUGCAGGCAUACCUCGUCCCUGGGGGAGCAGCGCAUCUUCUUCUUCCUCAUCCUCAUCGUCUUCUUCUGCCUCAAACAACAAGAUGUCAAAUGGAGAAUGGGGAUCAGCAGCUCCUGGUAACAACUCUUCAGAUGCUGCAAGCCAGAAAGGAAGCUCAUCCAACAAUGGCUGGAAGAGCCUGGAGGAUGAUGCUAUAGGCAUGGGAGUUGGAGGUGGAGUAGGUGGAGCCCAUGGCUUGGGAAGUGUCAGUGGAGGCUGGGGUCGCUCUGGAGGAAGUGAGGGAAGUGGAGAAAGCUCUGGAGGCCGAUCCAGCUCAGACAAAGAUGGCUACCAGUCUAAAGGAGGAAAUCGAAGAAAAGUCACACCUCCUGCAACAGUUAUAUCUGAAGUGGCCCAAGCAGAUGUGGACCCACGAGUUUUAUCCAACACCGGCUGGGGUCAGACUCCCAUACGGCAGAACACAGUCUGGGAUGUCAAAUCUUCUGCUAACAAUCAGUCCCAGGCUCCCAGAGGAGAUGAAAGAAAGCACAGCAGUGGAGGCUCCAGCUGGGGCACGGCAUCAGCGACAGGUCCCUCACAGAAUUCUGGAGGCUGGGGAGGUAGAGCCCCAGGAAAUUCAGGCUGGGGUGACCAGAGACCAACAACUGGGUGGGACAGCAAAGUCCCAGCAAGUGGAGGAGGUGGGCAGAGUAGCUGGGAUAAUGGAUCCAGCUAUAAGGGUAACACCACAAACAGUAACACAUGGAGCAACAACUUUAACAAAGAUGACAGGUCCAAUACCUGGACUAAUGCACCCAAACCACAGCAGGGCUGGGGUUCCAAAGGUGGAAAUGGAACUGAAGGUUGGGGUAGUGGUGCAAAUGGUGGCAGAGGAGGAGCCAGCAACCACUGGGGUGAGUCCCAAAAAGGUGCAAGCUCAGUGGGCUGGGACAGUGAUAGCGAUCGUUCUGGCUCUGGAUGUUGGAGUGAGCCAAGCCGAACUAACACCAGCAGUAGCAACACCUGGGUAGGGAGUGGAGGAUCAAAUACUCCAGACCAGAGCACGCCAAACCAAGGUUCCAACUGGGGCGACUCAGUCCACAAACCCAAUCCUCAGAGUAACAACCAGAGCUGGGGAGAGCCAAUGAAGAACAAUCACGGAGCUCAGAACUGGGGAGAGACAAAUCCCAAGCCCUCCAACGAGUGGGGAAAAGCUCCAGAAUCCAAUAUGUCCAAAGGCAAUCAAGGCCCAAACAAGCCCACAGGUUGGGUGGGAGGCCCUAUGCCCACAGUAGGCCAGAAGGAGGAAGUGUCCACUGGGUGGGAGGAGCCUUCUCCAGAGUCCAUACGCCGCAGGAUGGAGAUUGAUGAUGGCACUGCAGCCUGGGGAGAUCCUGGCAAAAGUAGUGGUGGAUCUGUCGACAUGUGGAACAAGACCAGCCAAUCAGACAAUGAGAACAUGUCCCAACACCAGCCCCAACCCCAACACCAGCCCCAACACCAGCCCCAACACCAGCCCCAACACCAGCCCCAACACCAGCCCCAACACCAGCCCCAACACCAGCCCCACCACCAGCCCCACCACCAGUCCCACCCGGCACACAAAUCGAUGCAUCCUCCUCAGCCCAUGCAGCCUCCUGCCCAGGACAAAAGCUCCAGUUCUGGUUGGGGUGACUCAUACCCUCAGCAGAAGGAGUCCUCAUCAUGGGGGGAGCCUACUGCUGCUCCGCCUGCUACGGUGGACAAUGGAACAUCUGCCUGGGGGAAGCCCAUGGACACCAGUUCCACUUGGGAUGGACCCAGCAGGGACAGCAGAGAAUCCAAGUCUAGCUGGGGAGGCCACCAUAAGUCUGCUCCAGGUCCCAAACCCAUGGAGACAUGGUGUGGUGAAGAAGUGUCAAUGGGCAACAGCUGGGACCAGGAAGAAGAGGUGGAGAUUGGAAUGUGGAGCAACAAUCAGCAGGACAACCGGUCCCAUGACCAAAGCUCCUGGAACUACAAGCAAAAAAGCUCAAACAAGAUGAACAAGCCAGUCGGCAAACAGGAUGAACCCUGGAUGAAACCUUUCAUCAACCAGUUCAGCAACAUGAACUUCCCUAGAGACUCUCCUGAUGACUCAAUGAAGACAGGAGCAGGGAUGGUGCAGGACAAACGAAUGGAUAUGGGCAGUAUGGGAGACUUCAAUGGAGUAAUGGGGAAAACCCCUGGUUCCCGACACCAGUCUGCCAUGGAUCGCAGCUCUUACUAUGACAAGCUAUCUGCCCCCCACUCUGCUUAUGAUAGCCCAGCUUCUGAUGAACUCUCCUUCAAUCAAAGCAUUAGCUUUUCCCCUUCCAAUUCUGCUCAGCCUGUCUCCUGUCUCGACUCUGAACCAUCUCCUGUCCGUUCUAGUCCUGGGGCUGCUCGGCAGAAUGUAAACCCCAUGUUGGGUGGCAACAGUGUAGCACAGGGCCGAGGCGGCUCCCAGUCCCAGGUUGCCCCCCAACCCAACCUUCGAAACCAAGUGCCUCCACCCAUCCUGCCCUCUCAGGUCCCUCCGUCGCUGUUGAAAUACCCAGGAAGUAACGGGGGUCUGAACCCUCUGUUUGGCCCUCAGCAGGUGGCUGUGCUGAACCAACUCUCCCAGCUCAACCAGCUGUCGCAGCUCAACCAGAUCAACCAGUUACAGCGUCUUCUUCUCCAGCAGCAGAAGGUUCAGAAUCAGAGAGCCAUGCCUGUUGGACGACAGACUGAACAGACACGUCCUAUUGGUUCAUCUCCAUCAAUGAUGCAGCCCCCACGCCAUCUGGACCCGUCUUUGCUGAAACAGCCACCUCUCAAACCGUACAUGGAUAACUACAUGUCCCACAAUACACCUGAUAUGCAGAAGGAUUCUGCUGCUCUCGGAUCCUUCAGCAACUUCCCUUUAAGCUCUAAUCUGAAUGUAUCCCUGGACAUGGGUAUUGGUGGUAGUAGUGGUGGCGGAGCUGUGAGCUACAAAGAGCCGCCCCAGUCCAGAAUGAAGAAACUUUGGGCUACUGAGCAGAACAGCAAAACUGGUGCUAUGUCGUCUGGGCUGCGUCUGGAGGACUCUCCCUUCUAUGACUUCCUGUCUCCUGGCCCAUCUCCCCUGAGUCCUCCUGGCCAAUCAAUGGGCUCGGUGGGCGAUGGCUGGCCACCCCGUGCCAACUCCCCUCCACCCCAUGGAAAUACUGUCACCUGGCCCCCAGAGUUCCGGCCCGGGGAGCCUUGGAAAGGUUACCCCAACAUUGACCCUGAGACUGACCCUUAUGUGACCCCCGGCAGUGUCAUCAACAAUCUCUCCAUCAACACCGUCCGCGACACAGACCACCUCAGGGACAGGAACAACGGGCCAUCCUCAUCACUGAACACCACGAUGCCUUCUAACAGUGCCUGGUCAUCCAUUCGUGCCUCCAGCCACAGCGGUUCCCUCACCAGUACAGCACAAAGCACUUCAGCCAGACCCAGUGAGUCAAAAUGGUCUCCCAGUGGCGGUUCUGUGUCCAACUCCUCCCUGGCCCAUGAGCUGUGGAAGGUCCCCCUGCCUCCGAAGGCGUUGUCUGUGGCAGCCCCCUCCAGACCUCCACCUGGCCUCACCAGCCAGAAGCCCAGUCCUGCCUCCUCCGGCUGGGACGCCUCUUCCCUGAGGUCUGGGGGCUGGGGCUCCACUGAGUCCAGAUACACACCUGGUUCCAGUUGGGGUGACAGCAGCAGCUCAGGGAGAUCCCAAUGGCUCGUUCUGAAAAAUCUCACACCUCAGAUUGACGGCUCUACCCUGAGGACCCUGUGCAUGCAGCACGGCCCUCUGAUCACAUUCCAUCUCAAUCUGCCGCACGGUAAUGCUGUGGUAUGCUACAACUCCAAGGAUGAGGCCGCAAAGGCCCAGAAGAGCCUGCACAUGUGUGUUUUGGGAAACACUACUAUUCUGGCUGAGUUUGCCAGUGAGGAGGAAAUCAACCGUUUCUUUGCACAAGGGCAGUCAUUGGCCACUCCCUCCUCUAGCUGGCAGGCCAUUGGCUCUUCUCAGAGCAGAAUGGAUCAGUCUCACCCAUUUCCCAGCCGCGCUCCUGAACCUAACCAGUGGAACAGCAGCAAUCUACACAGCUCCUCGCUUUGGGGCGGGCCCAACUAUUCCAGUAGCCUGUGGGGGAGUUCCAGUGGCACCGAGGCAGGGAGGAUCAGCAGCCCUUCUCCAAUCAGCUCCUUCCUCCCGGUAGAUCACCUGACAGGAGGUGGGGACUCCAUGUGAACCGCCUGCCAAUCAAACUGGCUGGGGGAAGGGUCAGUAGAGAAUUAUCAAUAAUCAGCAAAAGAAAAAGAAAAAAAAAAGUUAAAAAGAAAAAAAUAAUAAUAAUAAAUAAACACAAUGGCACUAGUUGGACUCUUUCUCACUCACAAAAUAUUCAACAAAACGGGGUUUCCCCUGUGGAAAACAAGUUACGUUUCUCUCUGCACAUAUGUCCACUUUGUUUUAGCCCAAAAACAUAUCAGUCGGAAUACUUGAAUCAUGCAGGCCAAUUCUAUAAUGUGAAAGGAUGGAUAUUUGCUUCCAGGUAGUGCUCUUUCAGACCGAAAAAAAAGCUUCAAUCGAGCUCAUUAUUAUAUAUAUAUAUUUUUUUGUUUCAUUCAUUAUGUUAUUUGAAUUCCAAUUCUUUUUAUUUUAUUUGUUUUUUUUUGCAUUUGUUUGCUGACAAUGUUGGAGUAUGAGCUUUUUUAACUUUGCACUGAAUGUGGUUUUUUCUCAGUAUAUAUAUAUAAUCUGCAAUAUAGAGGGAGCAGCCAGUUUUUCCAGUGUAGCUGUUUACUCAUUGAGGUCCUUACCGUGUGUGUACGUGUGUACGUGUGUGCACACGUGUGUGGAAGUACUCUGUGUGUGUGUGUGUGUGUGUGUGUGUGUGUGUGUGUGUGUGUGUGUGUGUGUGUGUGUGUGUGUGUGUGUGUGUUGACUGCCUGUGUGAAUGAGUAUGUGUGCGCUCCUCUCUGCCUUGGCACGCCUACCUUACUGCGUUGUCGUGGAGUUCAAGAUCAACAGAUAGUUAACGAAGAGUAAAAGCUGACUUAGGAGGAUUAUCUGGUGAUUAGUAAAAGUGACAUUAAGAAAAGUAUUGCACCAAUUUUGUUUUAAAACUAAAGAACGUUGAGCUCUGCAGUGCAAAGGACUGUAGCCGCAGCUGGGACUAGCAAACCCCGUCCACCUUAAUAUGGGGCGGGGUCUAUCUAGCAAGCCCUCCCACUUGCCCCCUAGUGGGCAGUGGGAGGAACAGCACUUUCAGAAUAGGCUUUCAAUGUUUUGGAGGUGCCACACUGCAACCUCUUGUUUACAAGACUUAGGAGGCGAAAUGUGUGUUCAUUCUUCAUUUUAAAGAGAAGAUGGAAUGAAAAAAAAUUAAAAAAUAAAAAAAACACAAAAAAA